CCGUUAAAAUUCCGACUUGGUGCCCGAGAAGGAGUACGGAAAAAAAAAGAAUGGGAAAUUGGAAAUUUGACGCUUUGCCGCCAGCCUGAAAAGUUUUGAGAGAGAUUAAAAGAGUGUGAAAGAAGGCGGAGAGGGAUCUGAGCCAGGUAAAGAGUGAAGAAGACUGAAGAGACCGCGAAAUCAGUUUAAACUCCAAUCGUUAAGACGAUGCUCCCAAUCACAAACCCUAGCGAACUAAUCCAACUAGACGAAGACGCCGAUGAUUUCGAUUGGGAAGCAGCUGUGAAAGAGAUUGAUAUCAGAUGUCAAGCUACAAAAGCUUCAACUUCACAUCUACCACCACCACCACCACCACAACGGCAAGACUUUAGAAAUGAAGUUCCUCAACAAGGAAAAUUUCCCCAACACAAGGGAAAGAUUAGUGGGGUUUCUAAGCAAUCAACCUUAGAUAGGUUUGUGCAAACUACUGAUAGGAAACAACCUCAAGUGGAGAAUCGGUCUUUUAGCCAUCAAAAUGAACCAAUUCAUGUUGUUGAAAAUCAAGGGGGUUUCAAUGAACAAGGAGAAGAAGUUUGUCACAGCCGCGUUGAUCUUGAAGCCGCCAAAACAUGGAUUUAUCCAGAUAAUGAUAAAAUUCCGCGCCGUGAAUACCAGUUAUCUAUUACAAAGACAGCGCUAUUUUCAAAUACAUUAAUUGCACUGCCAACAGGACUUGGGAAGACUUUAAUUGCGGCUGUUGUUAUGUAUAAUUACUUUAGAUGGUUUCCUGAAGGGAAAAUCGUUUUCACUGCCCCUUCUCGACCUCUUGUUAUGCAACAGAUUGAGGCUUGCCAUAAUAUUGUGGGGAUACCUCAGGAGUGGACAAUUGAAAUGACAGGCCAGAUGACUCCUCCCAAAAGAGCAUGCUGUUGGAAGGAUAAGCGAGUUUUCUUUGUUACUCCGCAAGUGCUCGAAAAAGAUAUUCAAUCUGGUACAUGUUUGGUGAAAAACAUAGUUUGUUUGGUUAUUGACGAGGCUCAUCGGGCAACAGGAAAUUAUGCUUACUGUGUGGUGGUUCGCGAGUUGAUGGCUGUACCAGUUCAAUUCAGGAUACUGGCUUUAACAGCAACACCAGGAUCCAAGCAGCAGGCAAUUCAAAAUGUGAUUAACAACUUGCAUAUUUCAAAGCUGGAGUAUCGCAAUGAUGACCACCCAGAUGUCUGCCCACAUGUUCACGAUCGGAAGCUCGAAUUAAUAGAGGUUCCAAUGAGUGAUGAUGCUAUUGAAAUAAACAAGUUGUUGUUGGAAGCUGUACAACCAUUUGUGACCAAGCUUUCUGCCUUAGGGAUGCUGUAUAGCAAAGACAUCCAAACACUGAGUCCACAUCAGUUGCUUAGCUCUAGGGAAAUAUUUCGGCAAGCACCUCCGCUAAAUCUUCCUCAAGCUAAAUAUGGAGAACUAGAAGGAUAUUUUGCUGUUCUCAUUACACUGUAUCAUGUAAUCAAGUUGCUUUCAAGUCAUGGUGUAAGACCUGCAUAUGAGAUGCUGAGCGAAAAGGUGCAACAGGGGUCUUUUGCGAGGCUUUUGAGUAGAAAUGAAGUCAUACACAAAACUAAACUAUUGAUGCAGCGAAAUUUGUCUCAUGGAGCACCAAAUCCGAAGCUAACAAAAAUGACUGAAAUAUUAAUGGAUCAUUUCAGAAAAAAUGAUCCGAAGAAUUCAAGGGUUAUCAUUUUCUCUAAUUUCAGGGGAAGUGUCAGGGACAUAAUGGAUUCGUUAUCAAAUGCUGGGGAGUCUGUUAAAGCUACCGAGUUUAUUGGUCAAAGCUCAGGGAAAGCUUUGAAAGGCCAGACACAGAAAGAGCAACAGGCAGUCUUGCAGAAAUUUCGAGCCGGUGGAUUCAAUGUCAUCGUUGCAACAUCAAUUGGUGAAGAAGGUCUAGAUAUCAUGGAAGUCGAUCUAGUGAUAUGUUUUGAUGCCAAUAUCUCUCCUUUAAGAAUGAUCCAGCGCAUGGGAAGGACUGGAAGGAAGAAUGAUGGACGAGUUGUUGUUUUAGCUUGUAAAGGUUCAGAGUUGAAAGGAUACCAUAAAAAGCAAGCGAACAACAAGGCCUUAAAGAAGCACAUGAAUAACGGGGGAAUAAAUAGCUUUGAUUUCCAUGCGAGUCCUAGAAUGAUUCCACAUAUCUGCAGACCAGAAGUUCAGUUUGUUCAGUUGGCAAUCAAACAGUAUGUUCCUCGUGGAAAGAAAGUCAAAGACGAUUCUAUUGAUGGAUCUAUUAGCUUGAAAAUGUCAGAUGCUGAGAUUGAACUAAUUUCCAAGUAUUUUCACACCCCAAAGGAAGGCACAUGGAAACCUUCUCUUAUUGCUUUCCCACACUUCCAAGUGUUCCCUUCCCGAGUUCAGAAUGUCAUGCACUCAUUUAGAACAGGGUUGCUGAUUGAUACCAUGCAACAGUUGCAAGGACCUAGUGAAACAAUCCUAGCUGAGGGUGAGACGUCUUCUUUCCAAUCUUUGGAAGCUGAAGCUAUUGAACAGGGCGACAUAAUUCAAGAAGAUUUGACGAGUUACCCUGGUUCCCCGGAACCACAGUCUGAUGGGAAAGCAGUAACUACCGAGGCAUCAUCACCUGUGGUGGCCCCAAAUGGAAACGAGAAAAGUGGUUUGCCUCGUCUCACAAGCCAGGAUCCUUCUAUGCACUGUUUUCUUUACAGUGAGGGCUUUGUAUCUGUAGAUGCUGCUGGAGUGGUCUCAAUUUUAUCUGUACCAGGCUUACCUUUUAUGAAAGCAACUCCACCUUGUAUGAGUGCAGCAACAGAAAGUGCUGAGCUACUGAAUGCAGUAAAGCAAAAGUUGGGACCUUCUAGGUUGUCACCUGCAGAUUAUUUGGAGUUCAAUCCACGGGCUAAGCGAAUUAAAGUUUCAGCUACUUCUGAUGAGGCAGGAGCUGUAAACAAUGAACUUCUGUUAAGCCCUAAAGCGUGCAAUUCUGUAUGCAAUCAAGAGAACGUUGUAAAUGGGGUUGAGAGAGAUGCUUUACUGACACCAAGUCCGAAGAGAAAUUUCUCAAGUUCAGAAGAAAUAAUUUUUGAGACACCAGGUACUGCAAAUAAAUAUCCAAUAUUAAAUACUGAUGAGCCUUCCACUGACCCAAAAGACAUGGAGAUGAGCCCUCGGUUAACUAACAUGGUCGAGGAAGGUGUUGUUCCAGAGUCUCCUGUAGGGGAAAGUGGUUAUUCAGGUUCACCGAAAGAAGAAAAUUGUUCGAAUGUUAGCCUUAGGUACAGAAGUGGUGGAUUAGAUCAAAGCUAUAAUGCAGAAUUACAUGGAAACAAAGUCCCUGUUCAUAAGCGGUUCCAUUCUGAAGAGCCUUUCAGUUCAGAGGACGGAACUGUACCUCCUUUACUGCAUGCAUCCCCAGCCAAGUCGCGAAGUGGACUUUCAUCACCAUGCCCAAAUUCUGAAAGGUUUGAAAAGGUCAAAAUGAAAGAUAGAGCCACUGAAGGAGGAGUUAUUCCUAAUUUGACAAAUGAAGAUACUGAUACUCCUCCGGUCAAAAUGAACUACUAUGGCAAAGCAAGAAAAUGUUCAUCUGAUUCUCCUGUGAAUGAGAGUGCUCGCACUCCAUUGGCCAACCUGUCUAACAGUAAUAGUUGUAGUAAAGGCUGGCGCAUGAGUUCUGGAGAGUCAUCAAAUAGUGUUAAGCCAGCACCAAAGUUUAAAAGGCUGCGGAAGAAUGGAGAUACGAAAAAACAGAGUUUCUGUGCAAACCUUGAUAGUUCUUUUGCUAGUACCCGAAUUGGACCCAUACGGAAUAACAAAGAUAACCGGAAUACAGUUAAAAAGAUGAACCACUACAUUGAAGAAGAAGCAGAAGUGUCUGUGGAUGCCGAAAUAUCUGAUGACGAGGAGGAAGAAGACAAGGACAAUGAUUCAUAUGAUAGUUUUAUUGAUGACAGAAUAAAUCCUACUAUGGCAGCUACUCAAGCAGAAGCUGCCACAAUGGACACGAUGGCGAUGUACAGGCGUUCGUUGCUCAGUCAACCAAUCUUCUCCACUGACUUGAGUCCUGAUAUUCUGUCUAGUGGAUCCAAAAUAAUUGAAGUAGGAAGCUCUUCUGGAAAGGUCAUUCAUUCUUCACAGACACCUCAAAUGGGUUCUGUAAGUAGGGUCGAGAAUCCUUCUUAUCAAAGGGAUCCAGAUCCAUCCUUCCUCUCAGGUAUGCCUCCUGAAUGCAGUGAAGGGGCACCAAGAGAAGAAAGCAAGAUAGACUCUAGAAAAAGAAAAUUAAGCUUUUGUCAACCCGAGGAUGAGAAUUAUAACGAAGAUGCAUUUUUUGAUGAUAAGUUCUAUGAGGGUGUUGAUUUUGAUGAACUGGAGGCGCAGGCUGCUAAAAUUCUGGGAUGCAAGUCCGCGUUGUCGAAAGAGAAAAAACAAUGGACUGCAAAUACUUCUACAGAGGAAACUCUUGGAUUACUAAACUCUCCAUCAUUUGAUUUAGGGAUUUGAUAUCCUGAAACCAUUUCUAAGAGUGCAAUUCCACCACAACAAUCUCUCAAAGAUCAUUGCAUGGUAGUUUCACAAGGCAUGCAGGAUGGUGAAAAACAAGAAGUUUCAAGUCCUAGCCUCAGUCAGUAUAAAGUCAGAUUUUAUUUAUCCAGAUCAUCAUCGUAGGAGUUGGUUGUUGUUUUGUAUUGACAGUCACUACUUAACCUGUACAAAAGAGAAGAAAAAUGUAUAUAGUCUUACCGAUAUCCCCUCAUAUGUUAAUACCCAGCAAGUUGACACCUGCUGGUUUAUGCAAGUGCUUGUGUUCGCUUGAUUAUAAACUUCCAAGAGCCCUUACUUAACAGGAUGUAUGUACAUAAGUUGUAAUUUGGGGAUACCUUAAAAUGUGCAGUAAAAAAGUCAAUAUCAGAAUGAAAUCUGCGUUCCUUCC